AUGAUGGCUGCCCAUGAGAUUGACGAAGCUUUAGCUUCGUUAGAUAUGCUUAUGUCGGAGUUUUUUGCCCCAGCAACAAGUAACUACAGAAAGAGAGAGAUUGAGAGUAUGCUCGAGAACUUCUCUCACCGCAGUGACUCCUGGAAACAUUGUUUAUUAUUUUUACAAAAAUCACAGAACCAAUAUGUUUUGAUGUUCACAUUGACUACUCUAGAGAAUAUUAUCAAUAGACAAUGGAUAAGCCUGCCAGAUAAUUAUAAAACAGAAAUACGAUUGACAUUAUGGAAUGAGCUGUUGGCUAAACAUGAAGUAAUGGUGUAUUUUAUCCGAAACAAGCUAGCUUCUCUUAUGGUAUCUAUUGCACGGUAUGACUGGCCUCAUUUAUAUAAUGACUUCUUCAGUAAUAUUGUUGAGUUAAUAAGAUGUGAUGGGCGGCGUUGUCUAUUAGGACUGGUGUUGGCCCAAGCUGCAAGUGAAGAACUUGGGGCAGCUCGUGAUACAGGUGUUCUGCUACCAUCACAGCGGCGAAACCAACUUGAACGUCUUAUGUUAAAGGGAAUGCCACAGUUACUUAAUGCACUUAGUGAUAUUUUAGAAAAAAAUUCAGAGAAGGAAGGUCAAUCAAAUCCUCCACCUUCUCCAACUAAUGGUUUACCACAGACAUCUGCAUUACCUGAUCUCUUAGCUAAUGCCCAUGAUGUUACUUCUACAGAUAAAGCUCUGAAUAUGGAGAUAGUGGUGAAGUGUCUCACAACUCUUCAACAUUUAUUCUCAUGGUUGCCAUUAUCAUCACAUGUACCCCCAUCUUUAGUUACUACUGUUUUCUAUUGGGGCAGUAUAGCUACUCAGUCACAGAGUGCGGAGGCGGCGCUGUGUGGGCUGGGCGGCGUAUGCGAGCUGCUGUACAGGCGCUACGCCCCGCCCUCGUCCGCCGCCACUGCCCUGCGCCUGCAGCACUGCGCACUACGCUUGCUGCGACAUCUCACACACAAUCAUGCACACAUCUUGCAUGCGAACCACGAUUACCUUAACAAGUUAGCAGAGUUCCUAAAAUUAUUUAUAUCAUUGCAUUUCAAGAGACUGGAAGCUGAACCAGAAUUUGAUGCCAUUGAUUUUUUGUCAUAUCUAUUCCAAUAUACAUUCCAGGUGCCUACAUGUGCUAUUUUUGUAAAUUGUUUAGAUGUAUGGAUACAAUUUAUAGACAUUUUAAAGCCAGAAGAUACACCAAAGUAUUGGGAAGCUUUACAAGCGGUGGUCAAUGGUGUGUUGAACAAAAUACAGUUUCAGCACAAUAAAGCGCAACUACAACAUCUCGAUAACGACGUGUGCGACGAUGACGGCGAGACCGAAUGGCAAACGUUCCUGAAACAUUGUAUUGAAUGUAUCGCUCGGGUUGCGGAUUUGGCGCCUUUAGAUGUUUUCACAGUAGUGUUGGAGCGAUGGCAAUGUCUCGCAGGUGUGCACGCUCGAGCGGCGGGACGUGGUGGUGAAGGCGAACGGCUACUGGCUGCACUGUUGGACCUCGCUACACUCACGCGAGUCCUGGGCAGAUUGGCGCCGGCUCUGUUAGCCGAGACGGAGAGCAGUCGUCGGUCGCGCGGCUGGUCGCUGGGCGCCACCCUCAUCGAGCGCUGCGGAGCAGCGCUGGCGGGCGCGGCGCUAACGCGGCCCCAUCGCACGCAACAGCAUGCGCACUAUGCGCACGCGCAUAUGCAGGUACACGCGGAGAUGUUUGCGUGUAUGGGUGCCUGGUGUUGUUACGCGAGUGAGUGCGGCGUGCCCGUUCAAACUAUGGAGGGCCUGUUCUCUUCUGCAGUACCAUUUCUUCUACCACAUGAAAUACCAGAACCACCACUUCUGAGUCACGCAGCCGCACACUUGUUGCUGAGUCUGGCGAUGAACGUUAAGUUUAACACGGACCCGAUAGCGCUAACCGGAGAUCUGUAUGAGCAUGCUCAAAGAUCUUUGCAGUACCUCGAAACUAAGACAGCGGGCGUGGUGCGCGAGGCGCUGCUGGUGAUGUCGCUGCGCGUCGGGCCGGGCGGGCCGGGCGGGGCCGCGGGCCGCACGCUGCUGUGCGCGUGGGGCGCGGCGCUCACAACCGCGGGUCCGGCGCUCGCGCUGCCGCCGCUCACUCAGCUGCUGCGCGCCUUCUGCUCGGCCAACACUCAGUACAAGAAGGUGAUAGCGGAGGGAGUACAAAACGCGGCUGAGACAGCACUGCGUAUGUUAUGUGAACCAUCUUUCGCAAAUGCCGAACAAGAAAUUACCGACUUCUUUUUUGCCCUAUUCACGGCGCUCCUACCACAACUUGGCAAUUUUGCAUACACCGCAAUCGACGUGUUCUUAGAGGUUGCACAAAGGGGCGGCGGCGAGAGCGGGCUGGAGCGGCUGGUGGAGUGCGUGCGGCUGGGCGUGGAGGCGGGCGGCGGCGCCGUGCUGGUGCGCGCCGUGCUGGAGCUGCUGCAGCGCCACGUGCUGCCGCGCGCGCCGCUGCACUCGCCCGACCUCACGCGCGCCGCGCACCGCCUGCUCGCCAGCGUGCUGAUCGACCGUUGGCGUUACUUCUUCCCUAACAAGUGCGAGGAGGCGGAGAGCGAACGUCGUACGGACGAGCUGCGCGCCGCUCUGGCCGCCUUAGGCCGAGCUCUGUUACAGUCCGACAUCGAACUACUCAGGCACACUAUAGAUACCCUUGACGUUCUCAAUUCGAGGUGGAAGUUGUAUCAUAAGGUAAUAUUCCGCAAUGAGUUUCUGGGCGAAUUUCUGUCAGUGUUACUGGCGGGACUGGCGGAAGGAGGAUGGCGCGCGCUCGUGCGCGAUGAAGUGACGGCCGCAGUUCACGCGAUGGCCAUGGUGGACUUCCCCACAUUCCGCACAUCGUUCCUACCGCAUUUCUUGAGUUCUCUCCCAGGAUUGUCUCCAGAACAUCAACAUCACUUGGCGCAGUUUCCACCUGAUACGGAUUUACCAACAUUCACCCAAAAUAUCCAGCGUCUGAUGAACGACGUAAACUGUUAUCGAGCGUAUAGUACGCUCGCACCGGUACAAAUGGCCACCUAG